UCCGGAGAGCGGGAAGGCUGAAACGCGGUGGUAAAGCUGGAGCCAGACUAGCGAGCUUCUAGGUGGCGAAGGUCCUAGCCAUGGACAGGAGCGGCUUCGGAGAGAUGUCAUCCCCUGUGAUCCGGGAGGCGGAGGUGACACGGACGGCACGAAAGCAGAGUGCUCAUAAAAGAGUUUUAAUUCGAGCUUCCCAAGAUGAAAAUUUUGGUAAUAUUACACCAAGAAGCCAGAUCAUUCCUCGAACUCCCAGCUCAUUUCGACAGCCUUCUACUCCACUGAACCGAAGCUUACAACGACAUCCAGACAUUUCCUGCAUUCUUGGAACAGGAGGAAGGUCUCCCCGGCUUACACAGUCUUCUGGGUUCUUGGGCAAUCUGUCCAUGGUAACUAAUCUGGAUGACAGCAACUGGGCAGCUGCAUUCUCAUCACAGCGGCUAGGGCUCUUCACAAACAUGGAAGCCCACAACAUAACGGAGGACGUAAAUCUCAGUGCUGUUAUGUUACGUGAAGAUGACCCUGGAGAAGCUGUUUUCCACAGAGAUAGAAUACAGUCUUCCUUAGAAGAUGAAAAUAUGUUUGCAGUUACUGCUGUUAACGCCAGUGAGAAAACAGUUGUGGAAGCAUUGUUUCAGAGAGAUUCCCUUGUGCGACAAAGUCAGCUGGUGGUGGAUUGGUUGGAGAGUAUUGCCAAAGAUGAAAUUGGAGAUUUUUCUGAUAAUAUUGAAUUUUAUGCAAAAUCAGUAUAUUGGGAAAAUACUCUCCAUACCUUAAAACAACGACAGCUGCCUUCUUAUAUAGGAAGUGUUCGUCCUCUUGUCACUGAAUUAGAUCCUGAUGCUCCCAUUAGACAGAAAAUGCCACUUGAUGAUCUGGACAGAGAAGAUGAAGUUAGAUUACUCAAAUAUCUUUUUACUUUAAUCCGUGCUGGAAUGACAGAAGAGGCUCAACGGCUUUGUAAGCGUUGUGGUCAGGCAUGGAGAGCUGCAACACUAGAAGGCUGGAAACUCUAUCAUGACCCUAAUGUUAAUGGAGGAACAGAGUUAGAAACUGUUGAAGGAAAUCCAUAUAGACGCAUUUGGAAAAUUAGUUGUUGGAGAAUGGCAGAAGAGGAGCUAUUUAAUAGGUAUGAAAGAGCAAUUUAUGCAGCUUUAAGCGGGAACCUGAAGCAGCUUCUUCCUGUCUGUGACACCUGGGAAGACACAGUCUGGGCAUACUUCCGGGUGAUGGUGGACAGUCUGGUGGAACAGGAGAUCCGGACGUCAGUAAUGACUCUGGAGGAAACUGAAGAACUUCCUAGGGAAUAUUUAGAAGCAAAUUGGACCUUAGAAAAAGUUUUUGAAGAACUUCAAGCUACAGAUAAAACGAGAGUUCUAGAAGAAAAUCAAGAACAUUAUCAUAUAGUUCAGAAAUACCUUAUCCUGGGAGAUAUUGAUGGUUUGAUGGAUGAGUUUAGCAAAUGGCUUUCCAAAACCAGAAGCAAUCUACCUGGACACCUCCUUCGCUUCAUGACUCACCUCAUUUUAUUUUUCCGCACACUGGGACUGCAGACCAAAGAAGAAGUUUCUAUUGAAGUUUUAAAGACAUAUAUACAGCUUUUAGUAAAUGAAAAGCACACAAAUCUAAUAGCAUUUUAUACCUGCCAUUUGCCUCAAGACCUUGCUGUUGCCCAGUACGCAUUAUUCUUGGAAGGUGUUACAGAGUAUGAACAGCGCCACCAUUGCCUGGAGCUGGCUAAGGAAGCAGAUUUGGAUGUUGCAACAAUAACGAAAACAGUAGUUGAGAAUAUUCGAAAGAAAGACAAUGGUGAAUUUAGUCAUCAUGACCUGGCCCCAGCCCUAGAUACUGGCACUACUGAGGAGGAUCGGUUGAAAAUUGAUGUAAUUGACUGGUUGGUAUUUGACCCUGCACAGAGGGCUGAAGCACUGAAACAAGGCAAUGCCAUAAUGAGAAAAUUCUUAGCAUCAAAAAAGCAUGAAGCUGCCAAAGAAGUAUUUGUGAAAAUUCCUCAGGAUUCCAUAGCAGAAAUCUAUAAUCAGUGGGAAGAACAAGGAAUGGAAAGUCCACUUCCUGCUGAAGAUGAUAAUGCUAUCAGAGAACAUUUGUGCAUUAGAGCUUAUUUGGAAGCCCAUGAAACCUUUAAUGAGUGGUUUAAGCAUAUGAACUCAGCUCCACAAAAACCUACUGUGAUUUCUCAACCAAGUUUUACUGAGAAAGUGGCUUUUGAACACAAAGAAAAGAAAUAUGAACUGGAUUAUGGUAUUUGGAAAGGGCACUUGGAUGCCCUAACUGCUGAUGUGAAAGAGAAAAUGUACAACGUCUUGUUGUUUGUUGAUGGAGGGUGGAUGGUAGAUGUCAGAGAGGAUGCUGAAGAAGACCAUGAGAGAACGCAUCAGAUGGUUUUACUGAGGAAACUUUGUCUACCAAUGAUGUGUUUUCUGCUGCAUACCAUAUUGCAUAGCACUGGUCAGUAUCAGGAGUGCCUGCAGUUAGCAGAUAUGGUGUCCUCCGAGCGUCACAAACUCUAUCUGGUAUUUUCUAAGGAAGAACUAAAGAAAUUGCUUCAGAAGUUAAGGGAAUCCUCUCUCAUGCUUCUUGACCAGGGACUUGAUCCAUUAGGAUAUGAAAUUCAAUCAUAAUUCAUCAGUUUGAAUUCUCAUUUCCAUGAAAUAUGGAGGUUUGGUGUUUUUUUUUUUUAAUAAAACAUACAUAUUUGUAAUUGCUAGCUUUUUUUUGUAUCAUAGAAAAACGUAAAAUUUUAGGCAUUUGAAUUUUGUACUUUUCAGAUAAUUAUGCUUAUACUUUGAAAUUUUAAUGUAUUAUAUCAGUAUUUCCC